AUGACUUUAAAUCUUUGUGUACUGACCCCUAAUCGAAUUGUUUGGGAUUCAGAAGUGAAAGAAAUCAUUUUAUCUACAAAUAGUGGUCAAAUUGGCGUAUUACCAAAUCAUGCUCCUAUUGCUACAGCUGUAGAUAUAGGGAUUUUGAGAAUACGCCUUAAGGACCAAUGGUUAACGAUGGCUCUGAUGGGCGGUUUUGCUAGAAUAGGCAAUAAUGAGAUCACUGUUUUAGUAAAUGAUGCGGAAAAGGGUAGUGAUAUUGAUCCACAAGAAGCUCAGGAAACUCUUAAAAUAGCAGAAGCUAGUUUGAGAAAAGCUGAAGGAAAGAGACAAAUAAUUGAGGCAAAUCUAGCUCUCCGACGAGCUAGGACAAGAGUCGAGGCUGUCAGUGCAAUUUCAUAA